AUGGCGACCACACAGGUUACGAAAACAGUCGGUCGAGCUGUUGUAAAACCACUUCUUUCCACAACACCAGCUGAAGCCAGGAGAAGAGUUUUUAACUUAUACAGAGCUUGGUGGAGAGAGAUUCCCCAUUCAGUACAAGCAUUUGCUUUAGACAUUACUGUGAAAGCAGGUCGUAAAAAAGUGCGAGAAGAAUUCAUGAAGAAUGCUCAAGUUAGAGACUUGAGGGUUAUUGACAUGUUAAUCAUCAAGGGCAAAAUGGAAUUAGARGAAACUCACAAUAUCUGGAAGCAAAGGACACAUAUUAUGCGCUACUUCAAAGAGACUGAGGUUCCUAAGAAAACUGCUUUUUUGGAUAAAUUUUAUGAAGGAUAUGAUUGAUGUAAUAUACAUUUGUGUUGAAUAUGAAACUCAGUUAAAUAAAUUUGAAAUGUACAAAAUUUUGAAAAAAGAAUAAUAAAGUUUGUUUUUGUUAAAA